CCGCCGCCCACGGCGCGAAGUAGAAGACGCGUCCCACCGGAGAACCGGGAGAGCUUGUCCUCCAUUCACCAUCCGUCCAUCCGCCGCCCACCGCCGAUGGCGUCCGCGCCUGCCCCCGGCGUGGUGGUGGUGUUCGACUUCGACCGCACCAUCAUCGACUGGGACAGCGACGACUGGGUCGUCACCAAGCUCGGCGCCGCCGACGCCUUCCAGCGCCUGCGCCCCACCAUGCGCUGGAACCCUCUCAUGGACAGGAUGAUGGAGGAGCUGCACGCGCGGGGGAAGACGGUGGAAGACAUCCGCGACUGCCUCAGGAGCGCGCCGCUCGACGCGCACGUCAUCUCCGCGAUCAAGACGGCGGCGUCGUUAGGGUGUGACCUGAAGGUGGUCAGCGACGCCAACACCUUCUUCAUCGAGACCGUCCUGGCGCACCACGGCGUGCUCGGCUGCUUCUCCGAGAUCAGCACCAACCCAGCGCGCGUCGACGCCGACGGCAGGCUCAGGAUCUCGCCGUUCCACGACUCCGCGAGCGCGCCACACGGGUGCAGCCUCUGCCCUGACAACAUGUGCAAGGGCAAGAUAAUCGAGAAGAUCCAGGCAAUAGCCAGCACCAAGGACCAGCAUUUCAUAUACAUUGGUGAUGGGAAGGGAGAUUACUGCCCCUCCCUCAAGCUGGGUGAAGGGGACUAUGUUAUGCCAAAGGAGAACUACCCCCUGUGGAACCUCAUCUGUAGCAACAAGCACCUUCUCAAGGCUGAAGUUCAUCCAUGGAAUAGCGGCGAGGAACUGGAAAAGAUUCUACUUGAGUUGGUCAACAGGAUGAUCACCCCACCUGCACAAGUGUCCCCAUUUGACUGCAGCAAAUGCGAGAUGAGCAAACCAACAUCCACUGAAGUAGGCCACCAUCAGGCCCUCCGUGUGCCACACUGAUCAGUGAUUGAUUCUUAGUUUGCAAGUAGAGGCCUGAGUGUCUGAUCAUUUCUGUAUGCCUCCAUUGAUAGAAGUCCUCAAGUCUUGAUAGAAGUCCUCAGUCUGCAUUCAAAAUGCAGCGAUUUAGUAGAUGGAUAAUCUGUGUGCCAUUACUCAAUAAACUGUAGCAUGAUAUCAAAAAAUAUUAAUCAACACCGCAUUGCUAGUGAAGCAGGGAA